CUUCCAACGCAAGUGAAUCCACACCUGCAUCCACACCUUGUUUUUGUAUGUGAAUUCAACCAAGUCAAUCUUUCUCGCGCCCUAUCCGGAUACCUUAGAUAACUUCAGUCUCUCACUCAAAUCCUCUCAUAUCUAUAUUUCGUCAUAAAAAACUUGCAGGUCUGGUAAUAUUCAAUUUACCUUUAAUCCUGCACGUAGGAAAGCUUUACUGUGCAGUUGUUAAGGUAACAGCUAGUCAACCUAACUAACAAACCUCAACGUAAAUUUGAUACAUUACACCUGCACCAAACUUGCGACAACUUCCCCCAACCUCCCUCGACUUUCGCUUCUACUUCGUAUUAUUGCGCCUAUACCAAUUCAAUUGGUCUCACUUAUCCACACUCAACUUUUCGCGCUUGGCGUCGCAGUCGCGGAAAUUCCACAUUCAUUCAGUUGGCGCUCUUAUUCCGUACGCGAAUUCGGAAUACGUAAUAAUCGAUCAAUGAGAACAUCGAAAUGAUGCGACUAACCGCAGAGUACCACUAACCGAGAGCAUUGUUUUCGGACAUUAGCCUCUAUCUGUGGCCACUCUAGCCUGGCCAUACCGACUAUCACAUUACUUUUGGACGUGCAUCGUAAAUUCGCCUAACCUACCAGACUGUUAUUUACGAUGGCGUAUCCUCCGGAUUGGGAGAAGAUGGAUCUUCUAGAUAGACUCCACGCGGUCGAGAAAGCCGAGGAAGAACGAACUGGAGAACCACAACCUCGCGAAAGAAAGAGCUGGAUCGAGCAUUGGGAUGAUGAUAAUGAUUUCGUUAUUGAUAAUGAGGAUCUCACUUUCCGGAGUAAUUCCACUACAAACACGCAAUCUCACCACCGUGAUAGUCUCUCUUCCUUCCGAUCCGAUCGAGAGUCUCUACCUGGAAACGACGAAAGACAGUUGCACUUACCCGGCAAUGACGAGAAGUCGACUAUGGAUGCGAUUGCUGCUGCUACUCAUGCGGGAAUUCCGAUACCUACGAACGUGCCGCCGUCUGCUUUGAUGGGAGGCACCAUAAAGCGACUUGGAGGAAAGAAAAUGAAGAAGAUUUUCCAAGAGGAUUAUGGUGACGAUUUAGAGCUUCCUAUUACUGGUCCACUUCGUUUAAAGCCCCAGGACGGCAAAGCGUACCCCGAGUCCCUAAGACAAAUGAGCAUGUCGAGCCCCACGAAACAGCAAGCUCCGAUUACUACCCGGGAGCCACAUGGGCAGAUCUCGCCAAAGACCUUAGGAACACCUAUCAAUUUGGACAACUUUCGAGAUGACGACGACGACGAUGAUGUCUUCGGCGACGGAGCCGCAACUAUCAAAGCCCCAAAGCUUCGUCCCGAAUCUAGACCUAUAUCAUUGAUAACCCCACCUACACCUUCACCUCAGAAAAAGCGAGGCGAUGAUGAUAUCGAAGGAGAUCUAGAGCUGCCGUCAGAUGGAUUAUUGAAGCUUUCUAGAAAGAUGGAUAUCCCCAAGACGCCAGCAUUGAAUACGAGCGAUGACUUCGACUGGGGAGAAGGUAGCCUAGGAACUCGAUUUGGCGGUACAAAGCGAGAUGCUUUUUCGACUCGCAGCUCGUCAGUGUCAGCCCUUAGCCCAAGUCUCGCUAGUUCUAUCACAGCUGAAAGUGAGGACGAAAUUUUCGAUGGUCUACUCCUGCCGAAUGGUCCUUUGGACCUAAGCGAACGGCUGAAACGACGCAAGCAAGAUCGAUCCCCAGAGGGAAGGCCCGAGCACUCUGUGUUGGGAAAGCGAGUUUCUUUACCAAACAAUACAAUUAAACCUGCAGCAGAUAAUGAAGACCCUUUGGAUGGUCUUGACUUUGGUGAUGGGGAUGUGCUCCGUCCCGAUAAGUCUACGUUACAUCGCAAUGUCAAGGUCAAAGAAACUCGACUAGUUAGUCCUACGCGGCCAAGGACAUCGAUCUCUGUAACCUUCACCAACAAACCAGUUACAUCAACACCAGUCUCCCGCCUUCCCCGACCUAUGGGUAGCCAUGAACGUGCGCAGACUCAGCCUUCGCUUGAGCCGGUAUCUGAAAGCGGCGGUCCUAUUCUCCCACGACCUUCUCGAAGAUCUCAAUCACGCCUUGGCCACUCCUCACAAUCUUCCAUCUCAAGCAUCCACACACCUACUACACCAUCCUCGGCACAAUCGGCCCAAUUUUCUACGCCACGAAGAAGAGAACUGAGCCAAAAGGCUUCUAUUGGAGCCUUGCGUAAUGAGCCCACUACGACAAGCGCACAAUUACUUAGACUAAAGCGCUCUCUACCGGCUUUGCGUCAUGCUACUGCGCCAGCGAAGCCUGCAUCUUCGCGGUUUGAUCGACCACCCUCGCGCACCGAUUCACGUGUCGAGUCUGGCAGACCCCAAUCUGUCCUACGACCGAAGACUCCAGUUGAUCGAGCUCGUCCCAUUUACGAAAGUAGUGCAGCACAGGCAAGAAGAAACCCCUUCUUACCCGCCGGUGCAUCUCAAUCCCAGUCGCAGCACGUGAGCGCCAAGAGUACGCAGGGUACACGACCAUUUCGACGUCACGAUUCCGAUCAUGGCCCAGAACUUCGACCCCUAUCUCGCGCAUUCUCUCGAACCGCGGUGAGAUCGCCAAGCCCAAGAAGGGCACGUAAUGAGAAGAUGUCAGCCGAGCCUAUAUGGCAGCAGAUCAGCAAGCCGCGACGAGUGCGCCGCUUUGGUGAUGGUCACGAACUCGACUCGUUUGAUGAUCUUCCGACAUCAGCGCAGGCCGAAUCUAAGUUUGUUAAGCAGCCGGUUGCAUACGGAAAUAAAACGAAUAUCCGAAAUAAAAUUUACCAGAACGUUUUGCCAGAGCGAACUACGCCAAGUCCUGUAUCUCCUUUCUCACCGGCGAGACUCGACUCUUUACCGCACUUUGCCCGAGAUACGGCUGCCAGCCGCAUUGCCAGAGAGACGAUUUUAGCCCAGCGAGCAUCUCCCUCGGGACCAUUUGCUCCCGUCACUAAUCAGAGGGUUGCGCAGCUAUCUGCCAGGGGAAGUUUUGGGCUACACAGUUAUAAUAUACCCAGGGCUAAGAGGUCCCAAAAGACCCCUCAGCUCAAGCCGCAUUUAAUUUCUAACCUGAACUCCGCAAAGGAAACCAAAGUUGUUAACGGCAUGACAUACAACCCAACAACGUUCCGUUGGGAGGGGAACGAUAAUGCCCUUAGUGCAUUCGAUGUCCCAGUCCCGUCCCCCACAACAACUCUCCCCCCUCACGUAACGCGCGAUAGGGAGGGCUCUACUUCGAGGCCAGUACUCAUUACUAACAUGACUGCUACUAAGGGUGUUAAGCGGGUUGGUGACAUGGUUUUCGACCCGCAGAAUAUGUGCUGGCUGAAAGCAGAAGCGACCCCUUCUACGUCUGAUGACCCCAUGGAAGGUUUUAAUGCGAUGGACGACGAGGAUCCUUUCAAAGAUAUUCCUGACCUUGAUGACAAGGAUAAAGACUCCGUUGGUCAUGGUCGAGGAAGCGACCUUAGGGAUGACUGGCUAGUAGGUGAAGAGUUCGAUGUCGGCCCGGAAUUUAUUAGGCGUCAACACGAAGAGGAGUCACGAUGGCGCCGAAAGUGCGGUCCUUGGAGCAAUACUGGUAAUCGGAACCAUGUUGACUUGCGAUGGGCACUAAGAAAGAUGAUCAUGGAAUAGAGGUUAUGAACGUCACGUCACCGACCAACCAGACAUGGCCGAUGACCAUCCCGUCGGCUCCUUAUGUGCAUCGUCCCGGUGUUCGAUGAGGUAAACACCUUUUAAUCCAGGAAACAGCUGCCACCCCGUUCACUUCUCUUAUGUUAUUUUUACGGCUUUCCUACGUAUCAAAGGGAAAUGUACAACAUUGAUGAGGCAGAAGCGGAUUAGCUCGCAUGACGAAAUGAGACCACGGCAAACACCGACGCAUCUACAUUAAUAAUGACCCCGAAGGUCUGGCGUAUCUCUCCGACUUGGAGACGGAGCCGAGUUCUGCUUUAGAAAGAAAAAGGCAUUGGCCAUUGGUUUUAUGACGGAUAGGACACGAUAUCAAGACUUUAAUGACUCGCUACGUUUUAUGAUUUUGAGAUGUAAAGAUAGACGAUCAACCGGCAGGGAGGAUAGUUCUGCUCGGGCAGGCCGCACCUCCAUAGCAAAUAGAGGAAACGGGAUUAAUAUCUAAAGCCAUGUUUACAAAUUAUUAUUCAUACCUAUUACACAACAUGUCAC